GCAAUGGAACGAAUCCAGAAACGCACCUUAACCAAGUCACGGAUUCGGAGGAUUACCAGUGACGAUGUGAAGAAAUUUGGAAAGAACAACGCGUUUGUGCUAUUCACUGUGGUGGCUGUUAUUGCCGGUGUCAUACUCGGCUUCUGUCUCAGGAAAUAUCAAAUGAGCUUCCGCCAGGUGAAGUACUUCUCCUUCCCGGGAGAACUGCUGAUGCGCAUGUUACAGAUGAUGGUGAUGCCUCUCAUCAUUUCCAGCUUGGUCACAGGCAUGGCCGCUCUGGACAGCAAAGCCACUGGGAAGAUGGGAUUGCGAGCAGUGAUAUACUACACCACUACCACUGUCCUGGCCGUGAUAACUGGGAUCAUUAUGGUGUUGAUCAUUCACCCUGGAGGAGGAGGCAAGGACAAGAUGCAUCGGGAGGGCAAGAUCGAAAAAGUGCACUCAGCUGAUGCAUUCAUGGAUUUAGUCAGGAAUAUGUUUCCCCCAAAUCUGGUAGAGGCUUGCUUCAAACAGUUUAAAACUGACUAUAGCACAAGAAAGGUCACUCCGGUCAUUGUGGAGAAUGGAACUCUAAGCCCGCCCAUGGUGAUCAGCAAUGUCACCCAGGCUGUGAAACUGCUCCUGGAAGCCACAGAAGAGCUGAUCCCUGUCCCAGGAUCUGUCAAUUCUGUCAACGCCCUUGGUCUUGUCGUCUUCUCCAUGAGUUUUGGACUUGUGAUUGGAGCAAUGAAGGAAGAGGGAAGAGCACUUGGAGAAUUCUUCAACUGUCUGAAUGAAGCAAUUAUGCGUUUGGUGGCUGUGAUCACAUGGUACGCUCCAGUGGGGAUCCUGUUCCUGAUUGCGGGGAAGAUUGUGGAGAUGGAAGACAUGAGCAUAGUGGGUGGGCAGCUGGGAAUGUACACAGUGACAGUGAUUACUGGCCUGCUUAUCCACGCCCUGGUGGUGCUACCUGCCCUCUACUUCUGCAUCACACGCAAGAAUCCCUUCGUCUUCAUCGGUGGAUUGAUGCAUGCGCUGGUUACGGCUCUUGGAACAUCUUCCAGCUCCGCCACUCUGCCUAUCACAUUUCAGUGUCUGGAGGACAAGAUUGGUCUGGACAAACGAGUCACCAGAUUUGUGUUGCCAGUGGGAGCCACGAUUAACAUGGAUGGCACUGCCCUCUACGAGGCUCUUGCUGCUAUAUUCAUCGCACAGGUUAACAACUUCGACCUCAACUUUGGGCAAAUCCUCACCAUCAGCAUCACUGCCACAGCUGCUAGUAUCGGAGCUGCUGGAAUCCCCCAGGCAGGCCUGGUUACCAUGGUGAUUGUGCUGACAUCGGUGGGACUUCCUACAGACGACAUCAGUCUCAUCAUUGCAGUAGAUUGGUUCCUGGAUCGACUGCGAACCACAACCAAUGUGCUGGGAGACUCACUGGGAGCUGGAAUCGUGGAGCACCUGUCUCGUUGUGAACUCCAGGACAUGGAUGCCGAGGCGGAGGAGCAAGAGAUGAAGAAACCUUACCAACUGAUGGGUCCAGAUCAUGAGAACGAGAGGGCCAUUGGCAGCGAGACCACCAUGUAG